AUGAUUAAGCUAUAACAAAGGCGAGACGUGAGUAAAAUUCAAUGAAUUUUAUGAGCGGCUGAGAAUGUGUCUUUAGAAACCAACGGUCCAGAUUUCAUCUUACGACUUUGUUGUUAGCUCCCUAUUUAUCGAGAGACGACGAAGUCCCGUCAGAGUUGCAUUGCACAUACACACGUAUAGAGAUUAAAGAACGAAAACAGAAAAGGAAGAACAAGAAAGAGAUCUAGAUAAUGUCGUGGCAAACUUACGUUGAUGAGCAUCUGAUGUGCGAUGUCGGUGACGGCCAAGGUCACCACCUCACCGCUGCCGCCAUCAUCGGCCAUGAGGGUAGCGUUUGGGCUCAGAGUGCUAAUUUUCCUCAGUUCAAACCUCAAGAGAUGACAGAUAUCAUGAAAGAUUUCGAUGAGCCUGGUCACCUCGCUCCCACAGGCUUGUUCCUCGCAGGACUUAAGUAUAUGGUUAUCCAAGGCGAGCCUGGUGCAGUCAUUCGUGGCAAAAAGGGGGCUGGAGGAAUCACAAUCAAAAAGACAGGACAGUCAAUGGUGUUUGGUCUGUACGAAGAACCAGUGACUCCAGGACAAUGUAACAUGGUCGUCGAGAGGCUGGGUGAUUACUUGGUCGAACAGGAUCUCUGAAACCUUAUAGAAUGCUAUAUUGAUGUUGUUCCAAUCCUUUGAACCAUUGUUUCACUUUUACUUUUGGCUGGGUGCAUGGGUUUUAUGUUUUCCUAAUUUAAUUUUUGGCGUUUCUACUUUAGCAAAGUUUAAAAGAAUGUGAAACCUUCCUCUUUUGCAUGGUUUCCUGAUUAAUUUUGUGUGUUUUGGUUUAAUUUUAUCUUAACAUGUAUUUAUUGCGUAUAUGCUCAUGUGGUUCUGAC